GGAGGGCUCGUCGUGCGGUGCCGCGCUCGGCUCGGCGCUGUCAGGGCCAUGACGAUGGCGAGCGGCCGGGCUGCCGAGCGGCAACGCUCCGUCCCCGGGGAGCGGCGGGGCGGGGGCGUGGGACGAGCGCAGCGACAGACACAGCCACAGACACAGACACAGGCGAGGAGCCCGUCCGGACACAUCGGUAUGAAGAUGGGGAUGAGCCUGGGCCUGCCCGCGGCCGACAAGCAGCCGCCGCAGCAGCAAGAAUCGGAGCAGGACUCGAAUGUUGGCGUGAGUUCGCAGAUGUCCCGCCUGCAAGUGUCUGACAGCCAUGAUGACAAGAGCCAGAGAGAAGCAGGAAGCAGACCACAGAGUGCAAAACCGGAGACGGCGGAAACAGGAGAGAGUGGCGGGGAAGGUUUGGAAAAUCGCCUGGACCAGCCGGUGGUUCAGGGGGAUGGACAGCCUCUGCAGCCGGCGGCGGAUGGCAAGGUGUGUGAGGGCCAGCGACGGCGGUGGGCGCGUACCGGGUGCGCUCUAGGUCAGCAGAGACUCUGUGAUCAUUCAGUCUGGCCCACAGCGGCCCACCGAGAAGCUGCCGCCCGACCCCCUGGAGGGCCCUGGUCGAGUUGUACCCGUCAUCGACGCUGCUGCCACCUGGAUAUCCACGGAGCUGACGGAGUUGACGGAGUUCAAGGAGAAGGUGCGGCGGGAGAAAGCGGGCGUGAUGACGGUGCGGCGUGGCAACGUGGUGACAGUCCGGGUGCCCACCCAUCCUCUGGGCACCUGCAUCACCUGGGACUUUGCCACCGACACCUACGAUCUUGGCUUUGGGAUCUACUUCGAGUGGGCGCCGGUGACGGACACGGAGAUCACCGUGCUGGUCAGCGAGUCCAGCGAGGACGAGGAGGAUGAAGACGCCGAAGCUCCCCCUGUCCACGGAGACAUUGAAAGGGGAACGAAGGACUUCAGCCGCUCCGACCUGGAAGAAAUCCUGCCCGUCUACAGAAAGGACAGUCACAUGGAGAUACAAUCGGGCAGCCACAAGUACCCGGGACAAGGGGUCUACCUCCUCAAGUUUGACAACUCGUACUCCAUCUGGCGGCACAAAACCUUGUACUACCAGGUCAACUACAGCUCGUGAAGAGCUAGGCUGCCUCGCUCCCUCCCUCCUCUCCAGGGAUGCCCUCGCUCGGAGUUUGCUGCUUGUUUGCUCCCUGUGAUUUGUUUUUCUUUGCCAGACUGACUGGAGCAACUGUGCUGAGCCCAGGAAGCCGUGCACCCACUGGCAUGCACUCACUUCCCGCACUGACCUCGCCUGGUUUGAUUUAGUUUUUCCUGUGUUGUCACCAUGCUGUGUGUUGUGCUCCCGGCAGCACAGCUGUUCCAUAUAUAUAUAUAAUAUAUACAUACUGAGGCUUUACAUUGUGUCUUCCGCCACUUUAUAUCUCAAGCACCUAAACUGGUGUAAUACAUGAUUCCAGUUUGCUGUUAGCGUGCGUUACAAUUGCAUUCCGAGUAUUUCCAAGUCCCCUGUUGCAACCCACCCCCUCCCCUGGGAAUGCCAGCAGUGGUGAGAUUUUAUUUUAAUUAUAAAAAAUUGCAUCAGAUUCUGAGCACAGGAGCCUUGGAAAAUAAACCUUAAACUGGGAGGGGCAGGGAAUGUACGUCAUCUGCAUCCUUCAAAAGACACCGUAUAUUUUGUAUUUCUAUGUAUUGUCUGUAAAAAGAUAAAUAAAGAUGAAAUCUAAUCUUGAAA